CUAAAAGCAAAUUGACUUCAUGACUUCAGCAUACAGAGAGCUUAAGAAUGGUAUUUGUAAAGUAUCUUUGGAUUAUUCUCCUAAUAUUAACAAAUGCUGUUGUGGAUAUCCAGGCCAUUAACGGCAAAAAGGGUGCGAACAAGACUUGCAACAAACAAGCAUUUGAAGAAAAACUCAAGAGCAACACUAAAUUGGUGGAUGCAACAUCGAUACAUGAUGAGUGUGCAUCCAUGUACCCGAAAUGUCAAAAUGUUCGUUUUUCCAUACGAGUCGCAUCUGCAAUUAAUGCCAAAGAACAGCUGUACCUUCUCGCGACGUUGUACACUGUUGAAGCAGGUUGUUGGGGAUACUUAGUAAACAUACAUUACAAUGGUGUGCGAUUACACCUUUCCAAGUACAUAUCACAAGAAGAGAUAAACAGUGCUGAUUUUCUUAUUGCACAAGAUAAGUUGAUUAACGAAGUAUCAUACAUUUUAAAUGUCACACAAAUCCCAUCUGGGAAAACAAAAUCCCUGAGCAUAAAGAAAACUCCAUCAACAUGCGAGAUAGCUGCCUUUAGUUUCGCUGGUGCAGUGAAGGCAUUUUCCAAUUGUCGCAACCCUCCAGGUUUCUCCGAAAUAUUAUCUAUCAUGUCAAAAGUAUGCAAGUAUUUUUCAAAUGACGUCAUAAAAGUUACUCGAUACUUAAAACAAUCUGAAUUGACGCAAAGGCAUUGUAGACUUGUGCCGUUUGAUUUUCCUGUGGAAGAAAAGUUGACAAAGAAAUCUCAAAUAAAAACAUCUAUCAUUUUUGUUGCAAUAGGAGGCUUGUCCAUAUUCCUAAUUCUGGUUAUCUUUAAGAUAAUUAGGAUGUUAAAACAGAAAUCCACCAGUGCAAAUAAAUGGCUCCGAAAAUCACAAAAAGGAGAUUGUGCCUUUGGGAAAGAAGGAAAGUAUGACGAAGUUUUACAAAAUACUGCCACUAGAGUUAUGAUCCUUAAUCGUCCCGGGUGCAAGCUUCUAGACACCUUAUUGAGAGAUUUAGCGUUGGUUUUAAAAGCCUAUGGCAUAGAUGUAAAAUUAUCACUACUUGAACAAGGUCAAAUAGACGUUGGAAAAGAAAUGUCGUCUUACAUAGAAAAAAAUAUAGACUCGUGCGAUUAUGUGCUAAUUUUCUUUGCAGAACAUAACAAAGAACACACUUCAUUAAAGCACAGACUAUAUGAAUUUUUUUUGAAAUUCAUAGCUAGAAUGGCAUAUCAUCAAAACAUGGGUUCUACAUUUAUUCCUUUAUACUUGACCAGUUACGACAAAGCCAUAACCCUUAUGCCGUCUUUUCUUGUGGCUGCACAAGAUGCCGGAUACAGGAUACCUAAUAACUUAAUGAGUUUAGUUACAAGACUUUCAGGCGGAAAGAAACCAAUUGAAUCAAAAGAGCUACUCGCAAAAUUGAAUCACUUGCUGAACAGAAUGAAAGCAACAUGUAAAAAAAUGGAGUCCAAAGAACACAAAGAAUGCAGCGAAGGAGAUUGUGAUAAGGGAACACUGAACGACAGUGUGAGCAAUCUAUCGUCAGUAUGUACUUGCACUGCUCCUUCAAAGCGGCCAUCAUUUCACUCAAUUGCUAUUAAAACAAAAAAUGGAGUUGUUAUACAACACGAAGUUAUUCUAGAAGGCAACGUGGAAUUAACAGCAGUAUAGUGAUGACCAAAUUUGAAAUAGGAGUUUACAUUGGGAGCUCACUAAAUUAGUGCAAGAAAUAACUGCAAGAUUUUUUUCGUUUUUAACAUGGUUCAUUCCUAUUUUCAUUGUAAUCAAUUUGCUAAUGUACAGCAAAUGUACAGUAGAACAGAAGGUGUCUAAAAGUAUUGUUUAAACUCGAAUUUACAAUUCUUUAAGGCACAAACUACAAUUUCUCAAUUCUGAAAAUGCAUUUCAUUAACGAAUCCGAUAGUAACAUUAAAAUAAUUUACUUUUUUUUACCUAAAUUUAGUACUAUGUACGCACAUAUCCACUUUUUUUAAAAACAUUACACGUAGCAACCAAUGACUAAUUAGAUUAAUUUAACUAUUCGUGCUGGUUUUUUAUAACAUUUUAUGUGUUAAUAGUUACACCUUGAUAGUUUGUUACUUUUUCUAAUCUUUGUGCAGAAUAUUUUUAUAUUUGAAAUAUUUUUUCUAUUUGGGGUUUAUUAAUAAAUACUUAGUACGUUAAUGUACGUUAGUCUUCUGAGUUGUUAUUUCCCUGAUUCGUUAUUUUA